ACCAAAUUUGCACCAUCAACACAACACCCCGCAAGCGGGAGCCUUGCGCUGCAUCCGACAAUGCACAGCCGCUUUCUGGCUAAGAAGCGGACUAUUUUGGAACAGCUUGACACUCCGGAUGAGGAGUAUCACGACCUCUCACCUAAGGGCUCCAUUGACCAGCCCAUACGUUCCUUGAUCAGCAACAUAAAUCGCCUCGAAGGUCUCGUAACGACUAGCAGUUGCUCUGGCAGAGUCAGUGUCUUCCUCGAGGGAAAGAAGAAGGGCGCCGACCCUCUAGAAGCUCCUCGUGAGGACGAAACUCGUCCCGCAGGUCCGGGAGGGAAAGGUGGAGGCUCCUGGCUUUUCGUUUCCCAUUCUCCCGUUCAAGUCAAGAAGACUGAAAACCAGAAUCAAUUGAUGGCGAUGUUUGGCCUGAGAAAUCCCAGCAAUGAGAACGAGAGGGCGCCCAGCAUUGAUUGCAGUUUCAUACACCUCAAAUUCGAGCCUAUGAUUCUUCACAUCUUAGCGGCAUCUAUGGUCGACUCCCAUCGAGUGCUCACCGCAGCGAUUGGUGCUGGCUUUCGUGAAAGUGGUGCUAUGAGCCUAGGUUCUUCGAAAUCUGGAGAGAGGAAUCCUAUGGUAGCCGUGCGGUCCACUGGGUACUCAUUCGAUUCCAUCAUAGGGUAUCAAAACGACCUUGGUGAUAGCAUUGCUAUGGUUGAUGAAGUGUACUUGCGAACCCUGGUUGAUAUUGCAAACGAUAGAUUCAGUGUCAACUCGCAACGCAUUGAUCGAUUCCGCUCAUCUCUACUUCGGCAAUUCAACCAGAGAGAGGCAGUGGAUGUCACUGUGCUGUCCACCCUGCCUAAAACUGUCAAGGCAGACUGGGAGCAAUCAGAAGCCAGGAGACAACGAAAAAGAGCAGAAGGAUUGAACAGGCAGCAAGCCUUGCACGCCCAAGAACUGGCAGAACCAGUCGCAAACUUGUUAGUUGCAAGAGAAGACGUGGAGGUUCACAAUUUGUUCGACCACUAGCAUGUCAGGACACGAUGGACGCGAUACUGCAUGCUGUCACCUACAAUGGAUGAAUCUAAUAUGCAACACGAAAUAGCAUCCUAUUAAUGGUCUCCCUCAUCAUAGCAACAGGCUUGAUAAAUGAAGUCUAUCCUGAUUUUGUUCCGUGGUAGGGGUAAAAUGUUGUUUUCGGACACUUUCUCCCUUGCCUACUUAGGUAACGAGAAUUUUUCUUACGGGACGGGCCGUACAAGUCUCCGAAACGUUUCAAAAACCCCUAUCACAAAAAUAUAACCAGAAGGUAGAAAGCAGGUGUCCCUCGACAUUUCAGCCAAUAGGAGAAAUGGCCUAAAAUGUCUCCGAGCUAGUCGGCGACUUCAAGAUUCAGGUGACUUCACUUGUACACAGGCAGUCCACAUAUAAAGAG